CAUCGGCCCAUGCGCGCGGUGCUGAACGUCGAGGGCGUGGGCAACGGCAGGCAGCAGUGCGCUCAGUUUGGGGGGUUUCCGAUCGCACUGCCAGUGCGGGGGCAUGAAUCGGCAGGCACUCCCGCAGUGUACGCGGCGCCUAUUGUACCAGAGUCAGAUAUGCCGGCACUUCUGGGCCUACGUUCAUUGAGGCAGCUGCGCGCGCCCCUCGACAUUGCCAAUAAUCGCAUCCACUUCCUGGGCCCGGGCGACGCCGCGAUUCAGCUCCCCCCAGGCACGAGGGCGCGCAACUUGGAGGGGUCGGAGUUUCAGCAGCUGGCCGGCAGCAGUGGCGGAGGUUCAUGGGCGAUAUUGAUGCUAUUCGUCAACGAGCACUACUGGAGCAUGGCCGAGGGUGUUACCGAGAUUCGAGCACAGCCGAUGCGAUGGUGCAGGCUGGGCGUGAAGAUCGGACAGAAUCAACUUCCGGCUGGUCAAGUCACCAAGAUCAUGAGCCCGAUCAGGCGCUCUAUGCUUCAGGAGCUGACAGCGCAACUAUGGCGGCAACAGCGAUGUUCUUCGGAGAACGAUAGCGGACACGAGGAGAUGAUACAAGAGUCGCAGCGCGGCGGACGAGACACUUUGGACACUCCUAACGACACGGGCGCUGGAAGAACGAAGAUGGUGAGGUUCGAGGACACGGAUGGCCAUUGCCCCACGGAGGCGCGAUUACGACAAAAGCGGAAGGAGAAGGAAGCAAAGGAUCGAGCAGCAGCGGAUGGCACGAACGAGAAGAGCAUCAAUAAUAUCAAGAAUAUGAGCGACUAUGGGAAGGUCUGGACGGACUGCGGCGACGACAUGAGUUCCGUCGACCUGGGAGUUUCAGAGUUAUGGAUGGCUCACGUCACUGCAGACCUUCAACAAUACAGCUAG